AUGCACGUUCCCGAAACACAAAGACAAUUCCUGAAUAGGGUACAGGAGUCGCUCGGCGAUUGGGAUGAUAAAUUGAAGGAGAUCAAUCACAAAAUCUGGUCCAACCCAGAACUCGCAUACGCUGAGCAUGACGCUCACGAUGCAAUCUGCAGUUUCUUCGAGGCAGUCUCAUCUGACGGGUACAAAGUCCAUCGCAAGGCAUAUGGUCUAGAGACCGCUUUUCAAAUUGAAUGGUCUAACGGCAAGGGAGGACGUGUUGUGGCGUUCAACGCCGAAUACGAUGCCCUUCCCGGAAUCGGCCAUGCCUGUGGUCACAACUUGAUUGCAACUAGCUCCGUCGCUGCAUUUAUCGCGACUUGCGAGGCUGUGAAGUCCGUCAAAGAUACCGGAUACACAGUCCGUCUCUUGGGCACACCUGCCGAAGAGUCAGGCGGCGGAAAAGUGCAUCUGAUCAAUGCUGGAGCUUACAAAGAUGUAGACGCUUGUCUCAUGGUGCACCCGACCCCAAUGGCACCUGGAAAUCCCGAUCUUCUGAGUAUGGCGACUGUUAUUGAAGGUGGUUCCCGGGCUAAUGAUAAAGUCAAAGUGACAUUCACAGGCAAGCCAGCCCAUGCUGCGGCGGCUCCUUGGGAGGGCAUCAAUGCUCUGGAUGCCGUGGUUUCGGCCUAUGUGAGCAUCUCUAUGCUUCGUCAACAGAUCCUCCCUACUCAAAAAGUCCACGGUGUAAUUGUAAAUGGAGGUGAUCGGCCAAAUAUUAUUCCCAUGACAGCCACGGUGGACUAUUACAUUCGAUCGCCAACCAAGAAAACACUGAAACCUCUGACGGAGAAAGUAAUCAAGUGUUUCGAAGCUGCUGCGACGGCCAUGGGGUGUAAAGUGGAAUUCAACUGGGGUCCUUCAUACGACGACCUAAAGAGCAACAGACCAAUUUGCGAGAGCUAUGUCUCGGCAAUGCGAGCAAUGGGCCAUCACACUCUUCUCGACAACUCAGAGCAGAGGGACGCGCUCGCCGGAGCAUCUACGGAUAUGGGAAAUGUAUCGUACGUCGUUCCCGGAUUCCACGGUAUCUUCUGCAUCCCAGCUGAGGGAGUCAAUCAUACACCUGAAUUCACCAGCGGGGCCGGAUCGCCCGAGGGCCAUAAACGAUCUAUCGCUUGCGCAGCUGGAAUGGCCGUUGUCGCAUGUCAAAUGCUGGUGGAUGACGAGUUUGCCGAGGCCGUGAAGACCGAUUUCCAGAGACAGUGA